CUGACGGAGAAGAUCAUUACGCUCGACAUCGAUUACUCGGACACGAUCGACAACGUCAAGCAGAAGAUCCAAGUCGCUGAGGGCAUCCCGCCGGACCAGCAGCGCAUGGUCUACGAGGGUAAGCAGCUCGAAGAUGGUCGGACGAUCGCGGACUACUGCAUCAAGAACGAGUCGACGAUUUGCCUCGUGCUCCGCCUCCGCGGCGGC